AAGGAGAGGCAAGAUGAGACCUGCUCGGCGCUAACUGCAACCCUAGGCCCGUCCAUCAGCUGCGAGGUCGUACCAGCAGAAGGGUUCCAGCAGGGGUUCUCUUCCCUCCCGCCGGAGAUCGCCGAGGAACUGUUCAGGGCGGAGCUAGCUGACACUGACAGCGAGGUCUGCUCGAGCCCGCUCAGCGCGGAGCUGAGGAAGGUCCGGACGACGGCCACUGUCAACUUCGACAACUCCCUGAGCCCCGCGCACACGCUGGUCCAAAUCGUUUGCGCUGACCAGAAGGGGCUCAUUUACGAUAUCUUGAGGACGAUGAAGGACUGCAACAUCCAGAUAUUUUACGGCCGGUUCAGAUCAGACAAGAAAGGGUCAGCCAGCAAAGGUUCAUCAGGUUGCCGUGAGGUGGAUCUUUUCGUGAAGCAAGUAGACGGGAAGAAGGUGACUGAUCCUGCGAAACAGGACGCGCUGCGGUCACGCCUGAGGUCCGAGACGCUCCAUUCGCUCAGGGUCAUGGUCGUCGGCCGUGGACCCGACACGGAGCUCCUCGUCGCCAACCGUCGUUCGAGAAGAGUAGGAUUGAGAAACUCCAAAAGGAAAUUGAGAGUGAUAACUCGGCUGUUGUGCAACUUCAGUAUGAGCUUGAAGUGGAGAGGAAGGCGUUAUCUAUGGCAAGGGCUUGGGCAGAGGAGGAAGCCAAAAAGGCCCGGGAGCAUGCACGCGCCCUUGAGGAGGCCCGGAACCAAUGGGAGCGUCAAGGAAUCAGAGUUGUUGUCGAAGGAGAAUUGAAGGAUGACGCCUCAGCUGGGGUGACAUGGGCUAACGCUGGCAAAGAACACGCAGUCGACGAGUCUAUCAACCGGGCGGAAGCUCUGCUGG